AACUUUGUGUUCGAAACUAUAAUGUAAGCUGUUUAUCUUUCACAACUGAAUCGUUGUCAUUGUUGAGAUAAAUUUGUCUCUUCCAAAAACAAUAAAUAUAUUUCAUUCUACAUAAAUAUACAACAAUUUUCCAAAAGAAACUGUAACAAAAUGAUGAAAUUGGUCGGUUGCCCCGAUGAAUUGCCCAAUCCUUAUAGGAAUUGCAUUAAGGAUAUGCUAAAUACUCUGAUCUGCAAUGACAACGAUGUGAAGCGUCUGAAUACGGAGCUAAGAAACUUGCAACUGGAAUUGAAAUCCGAAUUGAACAAGGUCAACAAGGCAAAUUUGAAAUGUGGCCACGAGAAGAAAAAGACGCAGAUGCCAAAACUCUGUGAGAGUGCAGAGAAGCUGGAAACAUUCGCCAAGCGCAUUGCCAGCUUGGAUGAGGUCAAGUUCCACUAUAGUGAACGUUGCGAGGAGCUGCGCAAGCGUCGGGAUAACAUCAUUGUCUAUGCGAGGCAAUGCCUCCAGGCCUACAACGAGGAGAAGUGCAAGUUCAAGGGCUUCCACGAGAACACCAUUGACUACAUUAAGAGAACUGCCACCUUGUCCCAUGACCCCGAGGUUAUAGGCAGAUGCGAGAAGGAUAUUUGUCAAAUGCAGAAACGAUUCACUGCCGAGGUGGCCAACAUUAAGCGUAGUGAGUCGGUACUUUUGCCCUUCUUUCAGUUGAUUAAGCAAACGGAUGCGGCAUCGACUUGUGAAUGCUCUUUAAAGGACUAUGACUGGGUGCCGCAGGGCAAGAAUCUGGAGAGCGUGAAUGCUGCGGCAUCGGACAUGAAAGAUCAAAUGGGCAAGGUUCUCGUACGUGCUUUCGCCCAAUUGCAUAUGCAUAUGCCGCAGGAUCCUCGCAGUUUCAUUGCCGGCUAUUUGAUGAAUGUUGAUCGCAAUGAGCAGGAAAUGAAAGAGAAAUUGGAUAUAUUCCAGGCCAGCGAAAUGAGCAAGGAGAUGUCUGUCCCUACAUUCCAAUGCGAGACUACAUGUCCACCUUCAGCUAAGGAGGAUGCAUUUUUUUUGAGUGUUUAAAUUGUAAAUGAAUUGAUUAAUUAGCUUAAUUAAACGGAUAAUUUCUUGCGGAA